GCCGCCGCCGCCCCACCCCCGCCGGCGCCCGCCCAGACGGCCCAGGCCCCCGGCUUCGUGGUGCCCACGCACACGGGGGCGGUGGGCACGCUGCCACUGGGAGGCUACGUGGCCCCGGGCUACCCCCUGCAGCUGCAGCCCUGCACGGCUUAUGUGCCGGUCUACCCGGUGGGCACGCCCUACGCAGGCGGGACCCCGGGGGGAACGGGAGUGACCUCCACUCUGCCCCCGCCGCCGCAGGGCCCAGGGCUGGCCCUGCUUGAGCCAAGGCGCCCUCCGCACGACUACAUGCCCAUCGCGGUGCUGACCACCAUCUGCUGUUUCUGGCCUACAGGCAUCAUCGCCAUCUUCAAGGCAGUGCAGGUGCGCACCGCCUUGGCCCGCGGAGACAUGGUGUCCGCCGAGAUCGCUUCACGCGAGGCCCGGAACUUCUCCUUCAUCUCCCUGGCUGUGGGCAUCGCGGCCAUGGUGCUCUGUACCAUCCUCACGGUUGUCAUCAUCAUCGCCGCGCAGCACCACGAGAACUACUGGGAUCCCUAAAAACUGCCGCGACCCAGCGCCACUCUACGCCCCUCGACCUCCCAGGCACAUUCGGCAGUCCUGUGCGGACCCAAGGGGCGUCCUGCACCACCACCUCUGGGGCCGCCGGACUUCGAUACAUCCUAAACUCCGCCUCCGUGGAACCUCUCGCCCUGUGAGCACGCUCCGAAUCCAGUUCCUCAGGAACACCCCCAAAGCCCAUACCCCCAGGAACGCUGCUUUCCGGGAUCCCCCCCAAACGCGGGGCCCUAGCGUCGCUCCUGGACCACACCCCCUGCAAUGCGGCGCACCCAGCUGCGCUCGCUCGGUCCAAGCUUCCCAGCCUAAGGUCUGCUCCCCAAAGCCCCGCCUCCCCAUAGGCUCCGCCCCAGCUCUGACAAGCCCCGCCUCCAGGUCGGCAGGCCCCGCCUUCUUUUCCUCUCGGCGGGUCGACUCAGUCCGGCGGUCCGGCUUGUGGCUCCAGGCUUCGCCCUCGGACGGACAGACACUUCCCUUCUCCUUGUCCGGAACAGAGAAACGAGCCCCAGGGCGAUCACGUCCCCAUGCUCCACCCUUUUUUGCUGAUAAUGUAGUUUCUCUCCUCCACCCCACAGCGCUCUGCCUAUUUUCUUGCUAAUCCUAGAACCUCUCCUUUUGUCUUUGGAAUGAGAUCUGGGAGGUUCCCGGCUUAGAAACCUUCACCCUGGUAUAAGAAAUACGUCUGUCUCGUUCUCUGUAAAUACACCCUUCCACCCAUCCCAACCCGGUGAUAGCCUUGCAGACUGGAAUCCAGGACGUGGACCGGGAGAGAGCGGGUCCCCUCCCCGCGCCCCUCGGCGGUCCCCGACUUGUUCUGAUUUGUGUUUGCGUGCGUGUGUGAACUUUUGAAAGACGAUAUUAAAGAGACUUCGUGGAUUUAUCA